AUGUCGUGGGACGAACGGGUGCCAGAGGAAGACGGCAAGCUGUUCGCGACGUGGUUGUCGCAACUGUCGGCGAUCGGUCAGUUGCGCAUUCCCCGACAUUAUGGACCGACGAGCCACGAGCGACGCAUCGAGCUCCACGUUAUGUGCGACGCCAGCGAGCAGGCCUACGCAGCGGUGGCGUAUUGGCGGAUGGUCGGCCAAGAGAACGUUACACUCUCUUUGGUGGCCGCCAAGGCGAAGGUGGCACCGCGACGGACGCAAACGAUACCCCGCCUCGAGCUGCAAGCGGCGGUAAUCGGGGCGCGCCUUGCUGACGCAGUGAAGAAGGAGCAUCGCAUCGUGGCGGAGAGAACUAUAUAUUGGACUGACUCCACAACAGUCAUCCACUGGAUCCGGAACGACGAGCGACGGUACACACCCUUCGUCGCGCAUCGUCUGCGGGAGAUCGCCGAGCUCACCGACAAAAGUGAGCGGCGAUGGCUACCCACGACGCACAACGUCGACGAUGAAGCCACUCGACUUCGGAGCGACGCCGUGAGUGAAGACAGCCGGUGGUUCCGGGGACCUGAUUUCCUCCUCGAGCCCGAACAAUCAUGGCCCACGAGAGACGGAAGUCAGGACGACGAAGCAGAGGUCCUGCACAUCACAGAGAGCCCGGAAAAGGAACGCUGGCUGCCCGACCCGACCCGCUUCUCCAAGUAUGAAACAUUGGUGCGAGCCACGGCGAGAGUCUUGGCGUUCGCGGACAUCGCGCGACGCAAGACACCACACCUGGAAGUGGGACACCUGAAGCGGGCGGAGCUGUUAUUAAUGCAACAGGCGCAAAGGGAGAGCUUCGGGGAAGAGCUGCAACGAUUGAAGUCUUCCCAGCCGGUACAAAGGACGAGUCGGCUAUUCAAGCUGGACCCGGUGUUAGAAGAUGGCGUGCUGCGAGUCCGGGGACGCAUCGGAGCAGCCACAGUCCCGGAUGACGCCAAACGACCGGUCAUCUUGGACGGCCGACACCCCGUCACGAAGCUCAUCGUGCUGCAAGAACACUGUGCCGCAGGUCACGCAAAUAGGGAGCGCGUGACCAACGACCUGCGGCAAAAAUAUUGGAUAAUACACCUGAGGCCCACCGUGCGCACCGUGGAACGAGACUGCGCACUGUGUAAGGUGCGACGCACGAAGCCGCAGCCACCGGCCACGGGAGAUCUACCCCGUGCCCGCUUGGACCCGUAUCAUCGGCCCUUCUCCAACUGCGGAGUGGACUACUUCGGGCCGAUGAUAGUGAAGAUCGGACGCCGGCGAGAGAAGCGUUGGGGCGCGCUGUUCACCUGUCUAACGACACGCGCCAUACAUCUGGAGCUCGCCGCAUCCCUGUCAACGGAUUCGGCCAUCAUGGCGUUGCGCAGGAUGGCAGCAAGAAGAGGAUGGCCGAAAAUAAUGUAUUCCGACAACGCCACAAACUUCAGGGGAGCGGAUGAAGAGCUACGAGCGGCCUACAAGGAGUGGCAACCCGAGCUACGCAACGUCGGGCUGCUGCAUCGGAUGGAGUGGCGCUUCAUCCCUCCGGGCGCACCCAACCAGGGAGGUGCGUGGGAACGGUUGGUGCGAUCAGUCAAAACCGCACUAACCGUCACCCUAAAGGAAAAGGCGCCGUCCGAAGAAACCCUACGGACGUUGUUGGCUGAAGCCGAACAUUCAGUCAACUCAAGACCACUGACCCACGUGAGCGUCGACCCGAGGGACCCGGAGGCGCUCACGCCCAAUCACUUUUACGUCGAUCGACGGGCAUGGCGAGCGGCGCAGGCGUUGGCGGACAACUUCUGGCGCCGGUGGAUAGCGGAGUACCUACCGACCCUGGUACCCCGCGGCGAGUCAACAAGAAGAGUUCGUCCGCUGCGCGUGAACGACGUGGUCGCCAUCGCCGACCAACAGCUGCCGAGGAACGUGUGGCCGCUGGGGAUCGUCCAGCGCACGUUCGAGGGACCCGACGGAGCCAUACGAGUCGCUGAAGUCAAGACAAAGAGCGGCGUAUUUCGACGCCCGGUGACGAAGAUCGUCGUGCUGCACCCGGAGGAGGAGGCUGCGCGAGCUACGCCGGGGAGGAUGUUAGCGACACGACGACUUCGCGGCCGCCGUGACACUGAGGCCCGUCGACGACGCUGCCUAAGGAGCGACGUUACGGGACGGCGGACGCAGCGGGACUGA